AUGUCGAGUAAAUAUACUGUUUGUGGAGUAUGCAACUAUCAGAACAUUAACACACCAUCAGUGGUCUGGUGUUCGGAAUGUGACGAAGGACUUUGUGAAAAAUGUAAAGUGCACCAUACAGCUUCAAAAGGGUCGAGAAACCAUAGUAUCGUUCAAAUCUCGGAGUACCAGAAGCUUCCUUCCAAUUUAUUGGAAAUUACUCAAACAUGUUCAAAACAUGAUGAAAAAUACCAAAUAUUUUGUAAGAAACAUGAUAUUCCAUGUUGUAGACGAUGCGUUAUUGAAACACAUAACGAUUGCAAAGAUUUAAACGCGAUAGAGGAUGUCAUUAAGAAUGUAAAAUCUUCAAGUGCAUUUUUAGAGAUGGAACACGUGUUGAAAGAACUUUCAGAAAAUUUGCAGAGAAUAAGAAUAGAUAGACAAGAAAACAUUAAAAGUCUAACUGAGAACAGGACAAAAAUCGAAAAAGAAGUUCAGCAGACACGAAGCCUGAUUGACAAUCAUCUGAAUAGGCUACAAGAAAAAUUGAUUAAAGAGUUGUAUGACGUUGAGGAAAAGGAAAACGAAAGCAUCACAAACUUAAUAACAUUAAUCAAAGAGAAAGAAAGAGAAAUUAUCGAAUGUCAAACUACUUUAGAUAAAGUAAAACAACAUGCAUCUGACCUCCAGUCGUUUUUGGCUAUAAAACACAUCCAACGCGAUGUCACGAUCAACCAACGAUUUCUGGAAUCGUUGAUAAAAGAAAAGAAAAUGAACCAUGCAUUUAUUUCUUGGAAAAACGAAAAUGCUUUGGACAUCUUCCCUGUCCAAACCAAGAAGAUGGGCACCAUAAUAUUAGAUACCAGGUCAGUAGAUACAAUAUUAACCAACAGAAAGAACAAACAAGCACAGAUAAAAGUGCCUACUACACAUGUUCCUACCAUUAAUGAUAUCAAACUUACUUUAAAACAGACGGUGAAAACACACGGACAAGAUAUCACAGAUUGCUCCUUACUUCCUGAUGGCAGAAUGAUUUUUCCCUGCAGUACUCGUCAACAAAUCCACGUACUGAAAACCGACGGGUCAUUAGAUUUUACAUUGAAUUCAGAAUUCCGUAUAUCGCAUAUAUACUUUAUCGAGGAAAGUCAAAAACUUGUCGUAACAACUGGGAUGAUCCCCAAGUGUGUUAUGGUUAUUAAUAUGAAGAGUAGAAACACAGAGAAAUCGAUUGAAGUUGAAUCAGAGAUUUAUGGAAUAGUUCAUAAAGAUGGAGAAUUGUUCUAUAAUGGAUAUAAAAGAGGAUUAUGUGUUGUAAGUUUAGAUGACGACUCUGAUACCCAGUUAGUAAAAGUUUCCUUGGCUCGCUAUAGCAACAUUGCAAUAUGGUCAGAACAACUUUAUUUUAUAUGUAAUGAUGAUUCAGUAACAUGCUGUGAUCUUAAAGGGACAUUGAAAUGGAAAUUAGAGCAGAAAACAUUUCUCACAAGCGCACGAGGUAUAACAGUGGACAAUUACGGACGUGUUUACGUAUCAGGAUUUGCAUCUAACAAUGUCGUCGUGAUUCCACCGGAUGGAAACAAACACAGAGUGUUGCUGUCAGAAAAAGAUGUUCUUAUAAAACCACAGUCUCUUUUCUUCGAUCGAAAAAAUAACAAGCUACUAAUUACAAAUCAACGCAAUGAAGCAUUUCUUUAUGACGUCUCAAACUGA